AUGUCUCGGGCUGUUCAUCUUCCAAUCCCCUGUCCGGUUCAGCUUGGUUCCUUACGAGAUGACUCUUUGGAAGCUCAGCUUCAUGAGUAUGUCAAACAAGGAAACUAUGUGAAAGUGAAGAAGAUUCUUAAGAAAGGAAUUUAUGUUGAUGAAGUUAACUCUCUGGGCCAAACAGCACUUUUCAUUGCAGCAUUAUUAGGCCUUCCAAAAUUAGUUGAUAUUCUGGUGGAUUAUGGAUCAGAUCCAAAUCAGCGCUGCUUUGAUGGAAGCACCCCUGUCCAUGCAGCUGCAUUUUCAGGCAAUCAGUGGAUCCUCAGCAAACUGUUGGAAGCUGGGGGUGACCUUCGACUCCAUGAUGAGAAGGGUCAAAAGCCACAGACCUGGGCCCUUACAGCUGGGAAGGAGCGCGGCACUGUGGUGGUGGAGUUCAUGCAGCGCUGUGCCGUGCACAUGCAGGCCAUCAUCCAAGGCUUCUCCUGUGACCUCCUGAAAAAGAUUGACUCCCCUCAGCGGCUCAUCUGCAGCCUUCCCCGGUUUGGGGGCCUCAUGCAGGGAAGCCCUAAUGGCUCUCCUAACCGACCACUUAAAGCUGGAGUCAUUUCCGCCCAAAAUAUCUACAGCUUUGGCUUUGGGAAGUUUUAUCUCCCAGGGGGAUUGCAGGUGGCCUAUCUAGGAUCAUUUCCAAUACUUGGAGAAAAGGAAGUGAUUCAAGCUGAUGAUGAGCCUACCUUCUCUUUCUGCAGUGGCCCCUACAUGGUCAUGACCAACCUGGUGUGGAAUGGGAGCAGGGUCACAGUGAAGGAGCUGAAUCUCCCCACCCACCCGCACUGCAGCAAGCUGAGGCUGGCUGACUUGUUAAUUGCUGAGCAGGAGCACAACAGCAAGUUGCGGCAUCCCCACCUGCUGCAGCUGAUGGCUGUGUGCCUGUCCCAGGACCUGGAGAGGACCCGCCUGGUGUAUGAGCGCAUCGCCAUCGGCACACUGUUUGGUGUCCUCCAUGAACAGCGGUCCCAGUUCCCCCUGCUGCACAUGGAGAUGAUCGUGCACCUGCUGCUCCAGAUCUCCGACGCUCUGAGAUACCUGCAUUCCCGGGGGUUUAUCCACCGCUCCCUCAGCUCCUAUGCCAUCCACAUGGUCUCCACAGGGGAAGCGAGGCUGGCCAAUCUGGAGUACAUGCUGGAAAGCCAGGACAGAGGUGUACACAGGGACCUGACUGGAGUGCCCCUGCCGACCCCGCUGUACAACUGGGCUGCCCCAGAGGUGAUUUUACAGAAGGCAGCCACAGUGAAGUCGGACAUCUACAGCUUUUCUAUGAUCAUACAGGAGAUUUUAACAGACAACAUACCCUGGGAUGGCUUAGAUGGCUCUGUGAUUAAAGAAGCCAUAGUCUUGGGAAAUUAUUUAGAAGCUGACUUCAGGCUUCCAAAACCUUACUAUGAUAUUGUUAAGUCAGGCAUCCAGGCCAAACAGAAAGACCGAACUAUGAACCUUCAAGAUAUCCGGUAUAUCCUGAAGAAUGACCUAAAGGAUUUGAUUGGCGCCCAGAGAACUCAACCAACCAAGAGCCCCAUGAUGCAGAGAUAUGGACCCCAUCCUGAUGUCAAUGUCUCUCUGGGACUGACUUCAGAACAUCCAAAAGGGACCCCCAACUUGGAAGUGAAAGAGCUGAAGGAAGCAGGCAGUCAGCUUCAUUCACCAAGGGGUCCCUGUUCUCCCAGCGAGAAAGCAACACCAGAUCCUUUGGUCUCAGAUCCCAGUGCGAUGGCUAGGGGGACUCAGAACCAAGAUGCUCCUUCUCCUGCUUGCUUUGUGGCAGAAAAGGCCAGGAGUCCCAGCCCAGGUCAGCCAAGCCUCUGCAGCUUCGAAAUCAAUGAAAUCUACUCAGGCUGCUUGGACAUGGAAGGUGACAAAGAGAAAGAACCCCCAGCAGUAGGUGCAUCCCUCGAUGGGGCUAGCCCGGACCAGGGAGAUGAGCUGAAGUCCCUGGAAGAGGAGCUGGAAAAGAUGGAGAGAGAGGCAUGCUGUUUUUGUGACGAGGAUGAGAGAUCUUCCGAAGCUGACACAGAGCUCUCCUUUGAGGACUGGGACUGGCAAAAUGGCUCAUUUAGUUCACCCAGCCUACCUGAGGCAGCCAAGGAAGCCAAGGGUGACGUGAACAACCGGUCCAUGACCGAGGAGUACAUCAGUAAGUGUGUGCUGAAUUUAACCAUUGCACAGGCAAUAAUGCGCCAGAAUGACGAUUUACUGGGGAAAAUCGAGCAGAAAUUCAAUGAGUUUGAGACGAUACAGAAGGAGCAGGAGGAGCGCAUAACUCUGUGGGCUUCUUCAAGAAUGUUUCCUAAUGUCCGUGACUUGCCUGCAGCCGUGGGCCCCCCAUCUUCCAUUUAUAUUCCUCCUAUUUUGCAACUGCCAGGAGGCCAGUGGCCAGAUGCUGGUGGCAAUUGCCCGACCCUAGCAAGGUCUCCAGGAACACUGCCAACUCUUCAUGGCCCUGGAAAACACAGCACAGGUGAACAACUGCAGCCCACUCAAGGAGCCAAGGACAGUUUGGGAAGAAAUAGAAACCAAAAUACCAGCAGCCAGGGAAAGCUUAGGGGUGAGUCCAGUGCCCAAGCCAAAGUGACACAGCUGAACAGUGCACUCUUCACUUUGUCCAACCACCCAAAGGGACCUCCGUUGACAUCCAUCCCCAUCCAGGGGUCUACCAGGAUCAACAUGGAAUCUGUGCCUUCUGAAAUACACAAUGCAAAGUCAAGAAAGAAUGAAGAUGUUGGGAAGCUACACUUAAAAUGGAGAAUGGAGGUGAAAGAAAUGGCAGAGAAAGCAGCUACUGGGCAGCUGGCUCUGCCUCCUUGGCAUCCGCAGAGUAAUCUGGCUUUAGAGAAUGAGGCUGAAAAUGAGCCUGAUCCCUUGCGGAAGCCCCCAGUUAUGGACCCUGACAAUGUGAUGUGGCAGCGUGUUGUAGAGUAUCCCAGGAAAAAUGAUGAGCCAGGAGAAAAUGACAAAUGUGACAAAACAGACAACAGCGACCGUGAUAAUGACCAGCAUGGCAGUCGGUGUGGGCCUGGAAGUUUCACCAGUAUCAGGCACCUGUGUGCCACAAAAAGUGAGCAACCAGAGUGUAAUGAAGUCUUUCAAGCAAGUUCUGAAGCAUCUGUGGUCAUUGAGAAGUCUUGCAGCGAUCAGUCCGAGCAAUCAACUUGUUCACCAGAGUCUUCUGAGGACAUAACAGAUGAAUUUUUAACUCCAGACAACGAACAUUUCUACUCCUCGACUGCUCAAGAAGACUUAGCUCUCGAGACCUCAAGUCCUAUAGAAGAAGAUUUUGAAGAAAUAGAAGAUGCAUUUGCCCAACAUCAAGGCUCUGGUGAAAGAAUGGUCCAGACUGGAAAAAACAUUGGAAAGAAUGCUGAAGUUUUGACCAGGUCUCAAUUCCAACCUCUACAAAGUGAACAAGGUGAACAAGAGGAGACCUUAACGGAGUCACCAGAAGAACCAAAAGGGAAAGACAUAUCGUUGACAGACAUUCAAGACCUGUCUAGUAUCUCCUAUGAACAAGAUGGUUCUUUUAAGGAAGUCUCAUGCAAAACACCCAGAAUAAAUCAUGCGCCUACUAGCGUCAGCACUCCGCUCAGCCCAGGGACAAUUUCUUCAAGUUCCAGUUGCUAUAAAGACUGCCUUGACAGCAUCACAUUUCAGGUGAAAACAGGGUCUACCUCAUGCUGGAGAAGUCAAGAAUCUACUGCAACUCUGUCUGAUAAAUUGACAACUGUCCGAGAGAGAGCAAAGAGCCUAGAUUCCCUUUUUACUUCCUCUGAAACUCUCCCUUCAAGACUAACUGAUCAUAAAAGAUCAUCUACAUUUACUGGUGCUGGUCCCUCCAGCAAUGCUAAGGCACCUGACACAGCAUUCCGUGCCACUCACAAAAGGAGCCUGCCAAAAGAACUGGUAGAAGCCAUCUUGCAGCAUCACAUUGAUGAGCUACCACCUCCAUCUCAGGAACUACUUGAUGAAAUUGAGCACUUGAAGCAGCAGCAGGCCUCAUCCACAGUGUUGGGUGAGAACACAGCAAGUCCUCUGGGCACCAGUGCAAACGAUCAAAGUCAUUUAGAAGAACAAGGAACUAACAGUAAAAAAGAAGAUAGCAGCAUACCUUGGAGCAAAGAAACUCAGGAUCUAGAAGAGGACACAGAGAGGGCUCACUCUACUCUGGAUGAGGACCUGGAAAGAUGGCUGCAGCCACUGGAGGACAGCACAGAGCUACAGGAUCUCCCCAAGGGCUCUGCAAGGGAGACCGAUACCAAGGCUCAAGAAAUUGGUGAAAAGAAGAAAAAAGAGGAAAAAAGCAUGAAGCCAGAGAGGGCAUCAGAGAGCUUUUUAGGGACUUCUGAAGAAGAGGAACUGAAACCCUGUUUUUGGAAGCGACUGGGUUGGUCGGAACCAUCCAGGAUAAUUGUGUUGGACCAGAGCGACUUGUCAGACUGACUGGAACCGGGUCAGAGAUGGACCCCUGGCCAGAGUAUGCACGUCCUGCUUGUAACUUUUGUUCCUCUUGAAGUUGG